AAUAACUUGACCAUGGAAAUUCCUCUUUGGGAGAUUGUGAAUGUGGACCAAACACUCGUCCAAAACAAGAUAUGGGAGAUUAUCAACAACACAAUUGCUCAAAAAAUUCUUCUUGUUUUGAUUUGUGUUUCUUUGUUUUGGAAGAUGAUUCGAUACAUGUGUGGUCUUCUCCAUCAAGAGAAGGAACCAGUUACAGUAUUGGUCACGGGUGCUGCAGGGCAAAUAGGGUAUGCGCUGGUAGCAAUGAUAGCAAGAGGGGCAAUGCUAGGGCCAAAUCAGCCGGUGAUUCUUCACAUGCUUGACAUUGAGCCAGCAGCGGAGGCAUUGAAAGGAGUGAAGAUGGAGCUGAUGGACGCGGCGCUGCCGCUUCUAAGAGGGAUUGUGGCUUCCACCGACGUGGCAGAGGCAUGCAAGGGGGUCAACAUUGCGGUCAUGCUUGGUGGUUUCCCGAGAAAAGAAGGGAUGGAAAGAAAAGACGUCAUGUCCAAGAAUGUGUCCAUAUACAAGGCGCAGGCGUCGGCGCUUGAGAAGCACGCCGCCGCGGAUUGCAAGGUGCUGGUGGUGGCCAAUCCGGCCAACACCAACGCUCUCAUACUCAAGGAGUUUGCUCCGUCCAUUCCUGACAAGAACAUCACUUGCCUUACUAGGCUCGACCAUAAUAGAGCCCUCGCUCAGAUCUCUGAGAGGACGAAGGUUCAUAUCAGCGAUGUCAAGAAUGUGAUCAUUUGGGGCAACCAUUCCUCCACCCAGUAUCCGGAUGUGAACCAUGCCACCGUUCAGGAGAAGCCUGUGAGGGAAGUUGUCGGCGACGAUGAAUGGCUCAACAACGACUUCAUUGCCACCGUUCAGCAGCGAGGGGCUGCCAUCAUCAAAGCUAGGAAGCUCUCUAGUGCACUGUCCGCAGCAAGCUCUGCUUGUGAUCAUAUACGUGACUGGGUUCUUGGUACUCCCAAGGGAUCCUGGGUUUCAAUGGGAGUAUAUUCCGAUGGCUCAUACGAUAUUCAACCUGGUCUAAUUUACUCUUUUCCGGUUACAUGUGAGAAAGGAGAAUGGAGCAUCGUACAGGGGCUAGAGAUCGAUGCAUUCUCAAGGGAAAAGAUGGAUAAAACUGCCCAAGAGCUCAUUGAAGAGAAAGAAUUGGCUAAGUCAUGUCUCCACUGAUGACGUUUCAUCGUGGAAGAAUAUAAUAACUCAUCAGUUUUAGUACACUUUGAUAUUGGUGUUUGAGUGGUUAUUUUAUCAAUGAAAACUCGUGUGUGCGUGUGUUCAUGUGAAAUUAACAGAUGAAAACAAUUGCAAGUGAA